CUCAGUUACAUCCCAUGGAUUCGGAGAUCAAUUAGGGCACAGAAUCAGCUUCACUUCAGUUUUCCUCUUUUAUGUAAUUUCAUGGAUUUCCUGGAGAAGAGGUUUCGGGUUUUGGUCGUCAUAGUCGGCAUCGUCUUCCUCAGUAUCACAGCUGAAAAAUGUCGACAAUUGGUGGGGGAGGAGCUUUCAUCUAAAAGUGGGAAGUUUACAAUCUUGAACUGCUUUGAUAUGGGAUCUGGAAGUAUGGCGUGUUUGGUUAAAGAAGGUGUGAAGCUUUAUUUUUACAACAUUAGAGCUGCUCAUGUUGAGAGAGCUAGGCAUCUAGCAAUUGAGAGGGCAUUGGAGGAUGCUUAUUCACAGGGGAUGCCUCCAAAAGAUGCAGCAAAACAGGCUCAGACAGAAGGGGCAAAGGCAGCAAAGUUGGCCACCCGGCAAGCUAAGCGCAUUAUAGGUCCUAUUAUUUCUUCUGGGUGGGAUUUUUUUGAAGCUAUAUACUAUGGUGGGACUAUGACAGAAGGGUUCCUCAGGGGUACUGGAACGCUAUUUGGUACUUAUGCUGUGGGUUUCCUUGGAGAGCAAAGGUUUGGGAAAGUUGGUUAUCUUGUUGGAAGUCAUUUGGGCAGUUGGGUUGGAGGAAGGGUUGGGCUGAUGGUAUAUGAUGUGGUUAAUGGAGUGCACUUCUUGCUUCAAUUUGUUCAACCAGGAGAAGGUGAAAGUGAGGAGACUCGAUUUUAUGAAAAAUCGGAAGCAUCCAAAGAUUCAUAUGCUUAUGAAGCUCCUGCAGACACCAGCUCUGAAGCUUAUGACACUUCAAAUGAAUUCCCAUCCUCUGAGAACUCUGAAGCGCAAGAAAGUUCUGAUUUCUGGUGAAUAUGGCGAGCUCAUCUUGUAAUCUCAGUGUUUUCUUCUUUUUCCCCUUUGCCAGUUAUAGAUGCAAUAUAAGUUGAUUUCUAGCAAUGAACAAAUUACUUUAUAUAUGUACUUAAGCGACUGGGGAUCCUUCCCUCAAAAGGGGUAAAGUAAGGUCAAGAUGUUUGGAGUUUGGUUUGUUGUAUGUACCUACAUGUAUAUUAAAAUUUUUUUCACAAU